AUGGAUCAUGUGAUUGGUGGGAAGUUUAAACUAGGAAGGAAAAUUGGGAGUGGCUCUUUUGGAGAGCUCUAUUUAGCACUUAAUAUACAAAGUGGAGAGGAGGUGGCUGUCAAGCUGGAAUCUGUGAAGACCAGGCAUCCACAGCUUCACUAUGAGUCAAAAUUGUAUAUGCUUCUUCAAGGAGGAACGGGUAUUCCCCAUCUCAAAUGGUUUGGUGUUGAGGGAGAGUACAAUGUCAUGGUUAUCGAUCUUCUUGGACCAAGUCUGGAAGACUUAUUCAAUUAUUGUAACCGGAAAUUUACAUUGAAAUCAGUGUUGAUGCUUGCUGAUCAAUUAAUUAAUAGAGUUGAAUACAUGCAUUCACGAGGCUUUCUUCACCGCGACAUAAAGCCAGACAAUUUUCUGAUGGGCCUCGGACGUAAAGCAAAUCAAGUGUACGCUAUUGACUACGGCCUUGCGAAAAAAUAUAGGGAUCUUCAGACUCACAGGCACAUACCAUACAGGGAAAACAAGAACCUUACCGGCACAGCACGCUAUGCAAGUGUCAACACUCAUCUUGGAAUCGAACAAAGCAGAAGGGAUGAUCUGGAAUCUCUUGGUUAUGUGCUCAUGUAUUUCUUAAGAGGAAGUCUUCCCUGGCAGGGACUGAAGGCUGGAAACAAAAAACAAAAAUACGAUAAAAUCAGUGAGACAAAGGUGUCAACUCCGAUAGAGGUGCUGUGUAAAGCAUAUCCCUCUGAGUUUGUAUCAUACUUCCACUAUUGCCGAUCAUUGAGGUUUGAAGACAAGCCAGAUUAUUCAUAUUUAAAGAGACUUUUCAGAGAUCUAUUUAUUCGAGAAGGAUAUCAAUUUGACUAUGUUUUUGACUGGACUGUAUUGAAAUAUCCACAGAUCGGUAGCAGCUCUAGAGGACGGCACGGCAAUGGCAAGGCAGCUAUGCAAGCAGCUACACCUGCACACAGACCAGAAAAGAUGCCAGUUGGGAGAGAGAUUCGAGAGAAGUUAUCUGGGGCUGCUGAAGCAUUCAACCAUAGGAACCGCCCAAGUUCUACUCCUCAUCAUCAUCACGGUGAACAUGUCAGACAUAGGACUUUUGACGAGGCAGCAAUGUAUAAGGAGAUGCACUAUGCCCAACAGAAUACAACUCGAUACGGCAGCAAUUCAAGAAGAGCAAUGGUACCAUCAUCAAACAGGACGAAUUCCUCAGGCGACCAUACUGGCAGGUUGGCCACAAAUGGUGGGGGCCGUCCAUCUGCCGCACAUAGAGUUCAACCUGUUUAUGAGUCCAAACAAGCAGCUUUUGCGCGCAAUGGAUCUUUGAGAGGCCACCGUGAUGAUCCUCUGAGGAACUUUGAACUCCUUGCAAUCAGGAAGUAA